AGGGCGCGGAUAAAAGGCGGAUCGCUGCGCCCCUUCAUCAUAAUUGCCGAGAUUUAUCACUCGUAUCAAAGAUGUCUGCACAGACGGAGUUUAUGCCCUCCACUACUGCAAUGGAGCUGAGUAGAUUCGCUUCCGACGGACGCGACGUUCCGCGUGACACACAGCCUCUCUGGGGACUGUUAGAACUUGGAGCCGAAUUCUUAUCUUCUUUAUCCCCUUCUCCAACCGACCAGGAUUCCUGUGAUGGAGGUGGUCUCUCCCGGCCUUGUGCAACGUCCUACACCAUCACAACCCCCACCUCUGAUCUAAUAGCCCGAGGCAACCUCCAGGAGGCCAGGAGGGUCAGUUUCGCUGAUGAAAACAAGUCAGAUGGAAAAGGACAAAUUUGCAUGGAUCCCAUCACUGGAGAACUAGGACUGACUGAUGGAACAACUACUGGAGAAAUAUUCUCCAUGGAACACAAGUUUUGGAUAAAUGGGAAGAAAGGAGAGUGUUUCUUGCUGAGGGGCUCGAGUAACCCUCUCUUCUAUCUCGCUCUGGAUAGUUGCUCCAGUGACUUCACAGUACGGGGAAUGGUAAGUGGAAUCCCGUGCUGUACUUAUAUACCAGUAUUUAGAGGUGUAGUCUAUUUACGUAGGCUAGUAUGGAGAAUUUGAACUUCUUUCUUGCAGAGACUUGCGAACCUAAAAGAUGCCACAGACUGCUACUGGACUUACGAGUUUUACCACAAGCUGUGUCGCUGUUCCACCAGCAAACGCUACAUAUCACUCAGAUACUACGGCAACCGCUUUGGCGAUCCUAGCAAGGCACCACACUACCUCAUCAUCGAACCGAAGGACAAAGCAUUCACGUUUACUAUCGGCCCGCCCAAGAAGGCAGUCCAACAUGGCGCUCUAGGACCUAUCUUACAUUAGCUUCCAACUCGAUUGGCAAGCAAUUGGAAAAAGAACCCUCCCGAUCAUCCUUCCUUAGAAGUUUUUAUUUUUUUUACUUAUUGUGGUGUGAAAUGAAAAGACUUUGUGGUUGUAAAUAUUGUGCAUGGUGACAUGACAUAAGCGCUGAGUGAGCAGGGGUGCUGUG